AUGUCAAGAUAUUCAAGACAAGCUGGAGCAUCACUCUACGUUCGAAAUAUUUCUGAUCGUGUUCGAUAUGAAGAUUUGAAACGUUUGUUCGCUAAACAUGGUCGAAUUGUGGAUAUUACAGUGCCGUUAGAUUAUUACACGCAUCCAAGAGAUGCUGAAGACGCCAUGCGUUAUUUAGAUCGUUAUCGUUUACAUAACAGAGAAUUAGAAAUUGAGUUUGCACGAGGAGAUCGAAAAACUCCAUCUGAAAUGCGUACACGUGAAAAAGAAGGUGGACCACCAGGAGGAGGUCGAGGCGGACGUGGUGGUGGUUUCGGUGGUGGAAGAGGGGAAUAUCGACGUAGAUCAUCAAGAAGUAGAAGUAGAAGCCGUGGUGGUGGCCGUCGUGAAAAAAGUUUUUCACGUGAUCGUUCAUUUUCGCCUCGACAUGAGUCACGUCAAGAAAAGUCACGAUCACGAUCAAGAAAGUCUGAAAUUAUGGGUUUAAGUGAAACUGACGUUGCAAAACAGAUUCAACAUAUGAUCGCAUUUAUUCAACAAGAAGCGAACGAAAAAGUUGAAGAAAUUGAAGCAAAAGCUGAAGAAGAGUUUAAUAUUGAAAAAUCUCGCCUUGUUUCGCAACAGCGUAUUAAAAUAAUGGAAUAUUAUGACAAAAAAGAGAAACAAAUUGAACUACAACGAAAAAUUCAACAUUCGAAUCUAUUGAAUCAGUCACGUCUAUCCGUGUUGAAAGCUCGUGAUGAUUAUAUUCAAACGUUAAAAGAAGAAGCACGUAAACAAUUGGCUUUACUAGCACAAGAUAAACAAAAGUAUUCGACUAUAUUAGCAAAUUUAAUUGCACAAGGUUUGUUUAUAUUAAUGGAGUCAGAUGUACAAGUCAAAUGCAGAAAACAAGAUUUCGAGCUUGUUCAGAGUCUUAUACCCGAUGCAGUUAGACGUUAUAAACAAGAAUUUAAUAAUCGAGAAAUUAAAUGCGUGAUCGAUGAUAAAAACUUCUUAAAUCACGAUUUAGCUGGAGGUGUUGAAUUGUAUGCACAAACGGGUAAAAUAAAAGUAGCAAAUACAAUUGAAGCUCGUUUAAAUAUGAUAUUUCAGCAAAUAUUACCGGAAAUACGUCGAAAAUUAUUUGGUAUAAAUGAACAUAGAAAAUAUUAUGAUUGA